AUGGUAAAGAAGAAGGACAGUGUCGCCGGAGAUAAAAGUGGUUCAAAAGCUACAAACAAUAAUGACGACUUCAUUUUAACCAUUGAUAGUGAUGAUGAAGAAGUUGCGUAUGAAGAAUCAGAGAGUGAAAUUGAACAAGAAGAAGAGAAGAAAUCAAGUAAAAAGAAAGGCGGAAAGAAAGACAAUGAUGAUGCUCCUGAAGUAGAUGAAGAUUUAAAUCCCGAUUUCCACUUUGCGUUGGACGACAUCACCACCAGUGGUGACUUUACUGGUUGGGAUUUCAAGUUAGACGACGCAUCUGCUAAGAAGGAUGUGGAUUUAGAUGGAAUCUUAAGAAGAAAAGGUGGUUUGACCAAUUUAGUGGCUACCGGUGACGAUAAUGACGAGUCUGCAAGUGAGGAAGAACCAUCUGAGGAGGACGAAGACGAUGACGAAGAUGAUGACCUUGCGAUGGAUGGAUUUGGAAUGGGAACAAAGGAAGUUGAAGAAAAGGACGAAGAUGAUGAAGAAGAUGAUGGUGAAGAAUCCCUGGUAGAAGCAGAUAUGGAUGAAGAACAUCCUAACACCGAUAGCGAAGACGAAGAAGAUUCUGAAGAAGCCAUCAAAGAAUUCUAUGCUGAUGAAGAAGAAUCUCAAUCAGCCACUUCUCAGGUUCACACCACAUUUCAAACAUUACAAUUAUCACGUCCAGUUUUGAAAGGGUUAGGUCAAUUAGGUUAUACCAGACCAUCUCCUAUUCAAUCAGCAGUCAUUCCUAUUGCCUUAUUGGGUAAAGACGUUGUUGCUGGUGCAGUAACAGGUUCUGGUAAGACAGCUGCCUAUUUGCUUCCAAUUAUUGAGAGAUUAUUAUAUAAGCCCGCUAAGAUAUCGUCUACUCGGGUUGUGAUAUUGGCGCCCACGAGAGAGUUGGCCAUUCAAGUGUGUGAUGUCGGUAAAAAGAUUGCCCAUUACGUCAAUAACUUGAGCUUUGGGUUGGCUGUUGGUGGAUUGAACUUGAGACAACAAGAACAACAAUUAAAGACAAGACCAGAUAUAGUUGUUGCAACUCCUGGUAGACUUAUUGAUCAUAUAAGAAACUCUCCCUCAUUUUCCAUUGAUUCUUUAGAAGUGUUAGUCAUUGAUGAAGCUGAUCGGAUGUUAGAUGAAGGUUUCCAAGUUGAAUUGACUGAGAUAUUGUCGUUGAUUCCAAAGCAUAAGAGACAGACUCUUUUGUUCUCUGCUACUAUGAACACCAAGAUCCAAGAUUUGAUUCAAUUAUCAUUACAAAGACCUAUAAGGAUCAUGAUUGAUCCACCUAAGACCGCUGCUACCAAGUUGAUUCAGGAGUUUGUUCGUAUUAGGAAGAGAGAUACUUUGAAACCAGCUUUACUUUUCCAAUUGUUGAAACAAUUGGAUCCUAAUCAAGAAAGAAGAACCAUUGUAUUUGUGGCUAGAAAGGAAUCUGCUCAUAGACUUCGGAUUAUCUUAGGUUUAUUGGGGAUGAAGGUUGCUGAAUUGCAUGGAUCCUUAACUCAAGAACAACGUCUCUCCAGUGUUACAGACUUUAAGAACUUGACGGUUCCCGUAUUAAUUUGUACUGAUUUAGCCGCUAGAGGGUUAGAUAUCCCUAAGAUUGAAUUGGUGCUUAACUACGAUAUGCCCAAGUCUUAUGAUAUUUAUUUACACAGAGUUGGUAGAACUGCAAGAGCGGGCAGAGAUGGUGUUUCCAUUACAUUUGUUGGAGAGUCCAGUCAAGAUAGAGCCAUUGUUAAGAGUGCAUUGAAGGCGUUAGAGGAAUCUAAUGGUAAAGAAGGUAAAGUGGUAUCACGUAAUGUUGAAUGGGAUCAAGUUGAAAAGUUGAGUAAACUUGUGGAAGCCAAACAAGAAGUUAUUACUGAAGUCUUGGAGGAAGAACAACAAGCUAAAGAAAUUUUACAAGCAGAAAUGGAAUUAACCAAAGCAUCUAAUCUUUUGAAACAUGAAAAGGAAAUCAAAGCUCGUCCAAAGAGAACUUGGUUUGAAACAGAAAAGGAAAAGAAACAACAUCAAACAGAUGCAAUGCAACAGUUGACUAAACAUGGUAAGAAAGUGAAUUCAAAGAAAAGAAAAGCUAUUGAAUCCAAGAAAGAAGAUGGCUCCAGAUCUUAUAAGAAGACAAAACAGGAUCGAAUGGAUAACCAGGUGAAGAAGUCUGUUCCUAAGAAGAAGCAAAAGUCGAAGGGGAAGAAAAGGGCAUAA